AUAGCCCCCCCCUCGCGAGGUGCCUGCGCUCCGUGUCCUCCAGGGCAGCUCAGGUGAGGCUGACUCGCGGCGUUUCCACACCUGUCUCCUCCACCUGUGUGCGCGCACACAGACGGGCACCUCGGAGCUUCUGCUGAAACGCGAGCCUCUGCGGGAGGCUGCAGGUAACAGGUGCGCUAUGCUCGCCUGAGAGGCCAGGGGAGAGUUGUCUCGGCCGGCACACACCUGCCCCAGCUAUGGAAAAAGGUCUUCCUGGGCUUGGCCGCUGCUCCUGCGCAUUCUGGCUGGCGGUGGCCUUCGAUAUCUUCGGGCUGGCGGUCCUGCUAGUGGGGGUGUUCGGGGACCUGUUCUUCUACGACUUCCUCAUCUACGCCGGCGCGAUCAUCAUCUUCCUCAGCCUCAUCUGGUGGGUGUUCUGGUACACGGGCAACAUCGAGGUUCCCCCCGAGGAGCUGGAGGACGACGUGGGGCUGCUGAAGAAGGAGAGGGGGCUGGCCGGGCUGGUGAGGCGGCUCUCCAGCCGGCUCUCCAACGGGAUCAGGAGCUCCUUCCGAGGGAGGGCAAGACCCAACGGGCACGGCGGGGGGCCGAGGGGCACGGAGCUGCAGACACCAGUGGUUCUGCCCAUGGCCCCGGCUGAAGGCAGCUUGCACACCGUCUCCGCCACUGUCGCUAGUGAGGCGGCAUCUAGCCCAGCUACAGCCACCGAAACAACGCCAAUAUAGCCCCGCUAACAAGGUGUGAUGUUAAGAACAGGGGAACCCAGAGGAACUAACAGGCAAAACACACUCCAGCGAAUGAAAGACUAUCUGGCUUGUUUUUGUGAAAUGGAGUUCAAAUCUCUUUUCAUCCACCGAGCCCUGUUUGUCUGGCCUGCUUUCAACCGAACAAAGGACUCCAGCCGGCACUGCUGAAGGAUUGAACUGAUUUUUACCUGACUGAAAGUUUGUUCUUCUUUACUGGAAAUCCUAGUAUUUCGGAAGCAAGAAGCACAGACUCAUUUUAUGUCUGCUGCAUCAAAUGUUCGACGUUUGUUUUGUUUUAUUGAAUAGAAUGUUGUUUUUUUUACAAAAGGACUGUUUCUAAGCAAAACCAGGUCGAAACAUGGUUUAAAAUGAUUCAAUGAAACAAUGUUCGAUAGAAGGAAUAAUUAUCCGGGAACUUUUAAUUAAAAAAAACAAACAUAAAUCAUCAAGGCACAUCCAACUUGUAUCAAUGUGGUAUGGCUUAAUACAUGAUGGAAAUACAUCUCUUUAUAUUGAGAAUGCUCCUAGAUUAAAAUCAGAGUCCUUCCUGAACAGUAAAGCUCUCCACACCUUUUCUUAUUGUGAUAAGCCUCUGUCAAACAGACCUUUGUACACUGUAAACACAGUUUUCAUUUGCAAGACUCUGUUUUAUCUUUGCAUUUGUACCUGGGCUCUCUCUCUCUAUAUAGAAAUAUCUCUGGAAAGUGACUUGCCUGGACUAUUCGACUUAACAUACAAUAUACAGACUGCUGGGUUCACUGCCAGAAGCAAUAACAUAGUUGAAUAACAGCAAUGUUUAAAGCAUAAGAAUCACGUCUUCUAUCUAUGUGUUGAAAACAGCACAUCUGUCACAGUCCAGCUCAGUUCAUUCCCAGUCCGAAGCCCUGGUUAGUUUCACAAUUACGUGAGCAAAAGGGUAGCAGAGACUGUUCACGGUUGUCAGAAGGUUAACAAGCUGCUUAUAAUGUGCUUUACACAAGAUCAACACAACAUCAGUUUUAAGAUAAUCUAGCAAUGAUAGUCUUCUAAAUGUGUUCCUGUAUUCAUACUCAUGUCAUUCAUAUUAAAUCUGUUACAGCAGCUGA